AUGCUCCCUUCCGUCGCCUUGGCUCUCGUUACAAGAUUGUCUCCGCUGCCGUACCCAACCAGGUCCAACUAUCACGUCAAGGGAAUACAGCCUGACUUCUGGCCUAACAAGGAUGAACUUUCCGGCAACAACGCUGGUGGUGUGUCGAUGAACCUGCUCUGGUUGUCAUGGGAGCCGAGUAUCAAGUCUACCCCUUGCGCCGCCAACGAGCAAGAAUACGACAGUCGCUGCUUCACUAUUCCGACCCAGGUGGACUCGACCAUCAAAGACUGGACCGAUCGUGGACUCGUCGUGACCGCUAUACUCUACGGCACUCCGGAAUGGGCACGCCAGGGCCGUCCCUGCUCACCAGCGGCGCCGGGAAUGGACAUCUUCUGCGUGCCCAACAAUCCCGACGACUUUGGACGCUUCGCCGGCAUGCUGGCCCAGCGCUACGACGGACUUCACGGGCAUGGGCGUAUUGCCGACUUUGUCAUCAACAACGAAGUCAACAGCAACGACUGGUUCAAUAUUGGCUGCGGCCGGGGCGUACCAUGUGACACGAAUCAAUGGCUCGACCAGAUCGGGUCCAACUACAACGCCGCCUACGACCGCAUCGUCGUCGAGCAGCCGACUGCCAAGGUUCUGACCUCGUUGGACAACUUCUUUGGCAAGGAACUCGACGACGCGGCUCACGGCCGUCUGUCCGGCAUGACAGUACUUGACGGCUUAGCCGCCCGAGCUGGGAACCGCCAAUGGCGGGUUGCCUAUCACGCCUACCCCCCGAACCUAUUCAGUCCCGUCUUUUCCGCAGAUGAUUAUCCCAAGGUCUCUUUCGGUAACAUCGGCAUCCUGCUGGGUUGGUUGAGGCAAAGAUACCCAAGCAACCCGCAUGCCUGGACCGUCCAGCUCACCGAGAACGGAAUCAACUCUGGCGACCAGUCCAGCGAGGCGGCCCAGGACACUUCGGUGUGCCAGACAUUCCGCAACGUGCUCGGCACACCUGGCAUUGAAAGUUAUAUAUAUCACCGCAUGCAGGACAAUGCCAACGAGGGCGGCCUCAAGCUCGGUCUCCGCAAGGCCGACGGCUCGGCCAAGUCCGCGUGGGCAACCUGGGCGCUUGCGAACCGCAACGACAUCUCCCCUGCCCGGCUCGCCUGCGGCUUCGAGGACCUGCCCCAUACCGUGCUGCGCAGAGGCUACAACCCCAAACGGGGCCACGUCGCCUCCUCGAGGAUGCUGCCCCCCGGAUUCACCUCCGAGUCGACUUGGCGUCUGUUCCGUGAUGAGCAGCCGGACACGGUCAUGCUUUACGAGUGUAAGGUGGGCGGUCACUCCCUCCUGACACAGCAAUCUGGAUGCGAGGGCCAGUUUCCCCUGGGACCCGUCGGCUACAUCUACACCAGACAGAAACCGGGAUCCGUCCCUCUCUACCGUUGCAGAGUCCCGGCCAACGGCGACCACUUCGUAUCGUCCCGAGCUGACUGCGAGGGACCUUAUGUCAGAGAGAUGGUGCUCGGCUAUGCGAUCCAGUGA